AUGCCAUUCGCCAAAAGAAUUGUGGAGCCGCAGCUUCUUUGCAGGCACCAGAACCCCAACGAUGAAGGUCUGCUUUUCGAGGACCUGUGUGCCAUCAGUAACGUGGUUCUGUCCCGGACCUUGCGACAGCUGUCCGACCUGGCCCGGCACGCCUGCUCCUUAUUCCAGGAGCUGGAAAACGACAUCAUUAGCACCAACCAGCGGGUCUGGGUUCUCCAGAACAAAAUAGGCCAGAUACAGCAAACUGCCAGUGCCCUGGACCCUAAAAAGGAGGCAGUGCCGGUGUCCAACCUGGAUAUAGAGAGCAAGCUGUCGCUUCACUAUCAGGCUCCAUGGCACCAGCAACACAACGUGUUUCAUCCUUGUAGCCGACCACCAUGUCUGGAGGAGUUGCACAGAAGCGCUCAGCUCAGUCUCAGAGCCCUGCACCGAGACGACGAACAACCGCAACACCGCUCAACGAGUCGGGAGAGAAACAGGGUGACCAUCUCUAUCUCAGUGGCGCCCCCUAUGCCCACCUUCCCCUCGCCACACAGCAUCCGGCGGCAGCAAAGGAGUCGCCUGGCACGAGCGCAAGAGAGAGCAGAGAGGGAGCGAGAGUUAGACUAUCAACCCAGGAAGAGGACUGUGAGAGAAACAGAGAUUCAGACCAUACAGAGAAAGGAGAGGUCAGGCAGAGAAGCAGAUGUUCAGACGAUCCAAAGAAAGGCUACCUCGACAGGGGAAGGCGAAUGUGGUGAAGUCCUGGGAGGCCACAGAGCCAAGGCCUCAGCCCCCAAUGCACCCUCAACCCAGGAUAAACAGACAAACUGGUCCAAGGAAAAUCUCUCGCCAUCAGAUGAGAAGUCAACUACUGAUUCUCACUCCAUCUCCUCCUGCAUCAUCCCCAUCAACGUCACAGGAGUUGGGUUUGACAGGGAAGCAAGUGCUCGUUGCUCUCUAGUCCAUUCCCAGUCGGUUCUUCAGAGGAGAAGGAAGCUGAGGAGGAGGAAGACUAUCACAGGAAUACCCAAAAGAGUACAACAGGACAUGGACUCAGAUGAAUCACCCGUAGCAAGAGAGCGCACAGUGAUUGUCCAUUCCAACUCGCAUCAACUCUCUCUCUGUCAGGAAGACCUUUUAAUCAGUGGUCGCCUUCAUCACACUCGUGACUCUGGCUGCCAGACAGAUGAUUUCCUUAUAGCAUGCACAGCUGCUCCCUCCAGGAGGCGCAUCAGAGCCCAACGUGGCCAUCAGGGAAUCCCUGCCUCCCUCUCUCAUUCAACAGGCAACAUUUCUUCCCUGGGUGACCAGUCAGAUUCCACAUACACCAGUGCUGCAGGCCACGGUGGACGCUUGCGCUCUCGUAGCCUUCCUCGAGAGGGUGGACGUCUGAUGGACAGUGACGAGGAUGACGAUGACAAUUAUGACGAUGACGACGAAGACGAGGACUUGUCACCAUACGAAGCAGAUGACUUUAUUCCACCUGGCCCUAGUCCAAGAAUGAAGAUGAUGAUGAUGAAGGAUGAAGAAGAGAGCACAGAUGACCAGGCAGCUCCUGAGCCACUGCAACUUGGAAGCCUAAAAAGGUUGCAGCGAUCUGGGGAGAGAGACAGGGGGGGUGGAGGAGGAGGCAGCCCAGAGCACAGCUGGAUGGAGAGGGGUCGUUCUCGCUUGCCCCGCAAGGCUGAUAUGGGCAGCUGUGAGAUCUCAUCAAGUUCAGAUACUUUCAGUAGCCCUAUUCACUCUGUGUCUACAACAGGAGUGCUAGGCAGCCAUGUGGACCACAAGGAGGACCACCAGUCAUCAAGCGGGAACUGGAGUGGUUCCAGCUCCACAUGCCCCUCUCAGACUUCCGAAACCAUCCCCCCGCCUUCUUCUCCACCACUGACAGGCUCAUCUCACUGCGACUCAGAGCUUUCACUCAACACUGUGCCCAAUGCCAUUGAUGAGGGAUUCUCCCUGGAUCCCUCCUACCACUCGGACCUCAGACCCCAGGGCCAGGGAAACAGGUCAAGUUCGUUCACAUCCUCAGCCACAGACCAGCUGGACGAUGCAGGGGUCAGUACAGCCAGUGAGGGGGAGUGGACCUACCCUCCAGAUCAAGACCAGACUGAUCCGGACCAAGACCCCGAUCAAACACAAAAUCUGAGCCAGAGCCAUGGGUUAUCCCAGGAGUACAGCUCCAAACAAGGUCUACAAGACCAAACCUGUUUCGGUGACAACAAGCCCAGCAACACUGAAAAAGAUUCUGGCUCUCAUUACUCAUCUGAUACAGAGAGUUUCUACUCCUCUUCUGUGCAUUUUGGAGAGUGCAAUCAGAGUUACAGAGGAUACAUGUAUAACUAUGCAGACCCAGGGCCUGACUGUGGCCAGUCCAACACUGUGGCAGCACCACUAUCCCAUGGAGUUUACCCCCAGCCCUCAGCGGACUUCAGAGCAGGCACUAUGACCCUGGGGAGGACCUGUCGUCCACUGAGGAAACCAAAAUUCAAACCUCCACCACCCAAACGGACCUCCUCGCUGAAGGACACCUGUAGUGGUGUUGAUGUUGGAACGGACACACAGGCAGAUCAGGAUCAACCAAAGGCGGUUAGUGAACAAGAGCUUACCUUGUCUUCCACAAAUAUGAAGCUGGAACUUGAGCUAGAACUUGGAGGUGCUCCAGAACCAUUACAGACAUCCUGUCUAGUGGCAGAGCCUUUGGGAACUUGGGGAAGGGGACUGGGUGAAACUGUGGAUAUAGUAGAGCCCAUGUCCUUCAGCUCUGCAGAUACACACUCAUUUAAGAAUGAAGGUGCUGUGCAAUCUGACUAUGCAGACCUGUGGCUUCACAACAAUGAGCUGAAGUCCAACAAUGGUGAGUACACAUCCAUGUCUAACUCAAGCACAGCCACAGGCACUACUGUCAUGGAGUGUAUCAAGUCACCAGACAGCUCUUCCUCCUCCACAGAAACCCAAACCCAGGCCCUUGCCCAGGCUUCAGAGACCAGGGCAACUAGUCCACCUCUCCCACCUGGCUCACCUGAGAAGCUGGCUGGCCUUGCCUCCCCAUCAAGUGGCUAUUCCAGCCAAUCAGAGACUCCAACGUCAACAUUGCCCUCAUCUUCGGCAGCGUUCUUCCCAGGACCCCUGUCUCCCUCAACUGGCAAGAGAAAGCCCAAAGUGCCAGAGAGAAAGUCUUCUCUCUCUUCCCUACAGCACUUCCCCAGAGAUGGGGCUUCCAUUUCCUCUGGCUAUAAGAGAGACCCAGACUUCCCACCUCCACCUUCUCAACUUGAUCUCAAUGUUCUUCAUGGUGGUUAUGUCAGACACACGCUAUCCCACCGAACGCACCACAUGCACACACUCCAUCACAGCAAACACAGAGUUGUAAAUGUUUUGGCCACUGGUACGAAGUUGUUGGCCCCUGAGGCAUCAAAUGCCAACCCUCCACCAAGUUCAAACUCUGCUCUAACUAUUCCCAGCUCCAAUCUAUUGGUGAUAACUCCAUCUGCUCUUCGUUCAGUGCGGCUCCAUUCUAUUAGCCAAUCAACAGAUAAUGCUGCCACUACGGACCAGGAAACAGCAAGUGGAGCAGAGACCGCUACAAGACCCAAAUGUCCUUCUAGUGGUUCUACCCUGGCUCCACCACCUAUUAACACAAGGCCUCUGCCUCCUCGCAGACCACCUCCCAGACCCCCAGCUCAUGAUCACACCUCCUCCCCUGAACACUUGCAACCAACUCCCCCUGGCCGCCACCCUGAUGGGCCUCCAUCCUAUGAAAGCCUGCUACUCAGACAGGACCGCUAUGGACCUGGAACCUUUUGGGCUAUGACAGCCUUCAGAACCCGGAUGGACCCAUCGUCAGAACUGCCUGAGGACAGCUCACCCCUGCAUCGGCCCGUGCCACGUGCUCCCCACCCUUCGCCUGUGGAUCUACACACGCAUAUCCACUCGCACACAGAGUUCAGGGGGCUCACUCACUCAGCUCAUGCACAUCCCGAAUUUAGGGUUUUGGGUGAGCGCUCGUUCUCCCAGGAUGAUGAUGAUGAUGAUGAAGAUGAGGAGGAGGAAGACGAAGAGCAGGUGAAAGAGCCACUGAGAGCCGCAUGUUCCAGAGGAGGUAUGCGAUCAGUCCACCUUCCACCCCCAGCGUAUGAAUUUGCUGGGAUAUCACACUCAGACUCAGGGCCCUGGGCUAGUCCAGUCAAAGUGCCUGGUACCACAAUGGAGACAUCGCAUCCUUACCUAAUCAGCGAUGCAAGGAGAGGAAGACAUGAAGAGCAGGAUGAAGAGGAGGAAGUGACAUCCGGUGCUACCAGAAGUGCCCAUCAGCAGCAGCCACAGGAGAGCAAAGAUGACUCCACCACUCCCGACACAGAAGAUUACUUCAGUAAAGGGAUGUUUUUUGCUGCAGAUUCCACGCCGAGUGAUAAUUCUCUCUCCCCUCUGAUGGAUGACACCAAAGUGGAUGAUGACAUUAUUAUUACAUCACCCAACAAGACCCGAACAACUGAGGACCUGUUUGCCAUGAUACACAGAUCCAAGAGAAAGGUCCUGGGCCGUAAAGAUUCAGGAGACUUAAACGCAAAGUCUCGUCUCUGCCCUGCAGCACCAGUGACCCCUGUCACCACCGUCAUUAUCCCGCCAGCCCCUCCUCUCAACAUCCCAGCGACCUUAGCCACUGCUGCCGGGUCACAACGAGCCCCUGUGCCAAUCUACCGCAGCGCCAAGAAAUCCAGCACGUCCAACGAGGAGUUUAAACUCCUGUUGUUGAAGAAAGGUAGCAGGUCUGAUUCCAGCUACCGCAUGUCAGCCACAGAGAUCCUGAAGAGCCCUAUCACCCCUAAAAGCCCAGGGGACCCCCUUCAAGAAGGGGCCAUUAGACAGGCUGAAGAGCUACCUUGUACACUCCAAGAGCCCCACAUUUCUGGCCUGGACCCAAUCCAGAUACCAGGCCUUUUUCCAAGAGCCAACUCUGAGAGUUUUACCCACAAAACCCUGCCUAUGUCAGCUGCAUCUCGACAGGGACGUUCUCGGAUCCCCCCUGUAGCCAACAGCAGUCGCUACAGUACACGCAGCCGCCUCUACACGGCCCCCAUGCAAGCCAUUUCUGAAGGGGAGACAGAGAACUCAGAUGGAAGCCCCCAUGAUGACAGAUCAUCCUAAAAACCGCUGAUGAGAGAUGUCCUCUAUUCUUAUCUGUGUCCUACAUUUCAAAUGGCCCCUUCUACUUUUCUAAUCUUGGAUAGAAAUGGUGUAAUUCUCCGACACACAAAGUUUGACUGUUGCCAAAAUGCACCCAGUUUUGGAUCUAUCUAUCUUCUAUUUAAGGGUGUCACAGAGUGUUGUGGGAUACUGAAUCAUAAAGGGAUGAUUAUAAAAAAACUUUGAGGAAAUACCUAAAUACUGUAUUAUCAAAAUAAUAGCUCGCUCAUAGUUAAUGGAGCCAGACAUAAGACCUAUUUUGAUUGAACUGUCUUUUUUAAAAGAAAAGAAAAAAAACAGUCUGUUUGGUAAAUUAUGAUAAGAAAAGAAAUGUUGUGGAGUACGGACAAAGUGCGUGUGCAUGAAGAAGCACAUGCA